CCUAAACAAGCGGGAAAGACGGCGCGGCAAGGAAUAUAGAAACGACCGUCUCUCUAGCGGAGGGAGGAGCGUUUCCCUCCAUCUCUCGCUCGCUCGCUCUGUGUGUGUGUCAUGAAGCCAGAAGUCAAGGAGGAAACCACGGACGCCGGCGACGUGGGGACGGAGACGAGGUGGCCUGAUAAUGUGGGCGAGGACCUUUCUUUAAUAGAUCUUACCACCAGCAGCGACAGCGACGAUGACGACGAGGAUGACGGGCCUUUUCUCGACGCCAACGGAUCUGGGCCCGAUGAGUCCGGUCGCCGGAAGCGGCAGAAGACGGGCGCUUUGGACGUUGUCCUCCCCGCCGGGUUCUUGGAUCCCCUGCCACCUCCGACCGUUUCAUCUACCAAGGCUCUUUCCGUUGAGCAGAGUAAGGCGGUGGUUCCCGCGACGACGCCGCUAUCGACGGUUGCUGCGCCAAGGUUGGUUCCCUCCAAGCAGUUCUGGAAGGCGGGCGAUUAUGAAGCGGAUGAAGGGGUGAAGUCGGAGGGGCCUUCGGUUGGCAUGGAUCAUGUCAGGGUACACCCGAAGUUUUUACAUUCAAAUGCCACUAGUCACAAAUGGGCUCUGGGAGCUUUUGCUGAGCUUUUGGACAAUUCUGUUGAUGAGAUAUGCAAUGGCGCUACAUACGUUAAGAUAGAUGUGUUGAUAAACCAGAAGGACAAAAGUAAAAUGUUGCUGGUUGAAGAUGAUGGUGGUGGCAUGGACCCAGACAAAAUCAGGCAAUGCAUGUCCCUUGGGUAUUCAGCAAAGAGCAAAUCAGCAAAUACUAUUGGUCAAUAUGGAAAUGGUUUCAAAACAAGCACUAUGAGACUUGGAGCUGAUGUAAUUGUUUUCUCUCGUUAUCCUGGGAGAGAUGGAAAGAGUCCAACACAGAGCAUUGGAUUACUUUCCUACACAUUCUUGCGGAGCACUGGGAAGGAGGAUAUAGUAGUUCCUAUGGCUGACUAUGAGAAAACGCACCAAAAAUGGGAACCUGUAACUCGUUCCUCCCUGUCUGAUUGGACCAGAACUCUGGAGACUAUCAUACAGUGGUCCCCAUAUACAAGUGAAUCAGAUCUUCUGCAACAGUUUAGUAGUUUGAAAGAACAUGGGACCCGCAUUAUCAUAUACAACUUGUGGGAGGAUGACCAAGGAGAACUGGAACUUGAUUUUGAUACAGAUCGCUAUGACAUCCAAUUAAGAGGUGUGAACCGUGAUGAGAAGAGGAUACAGAUGUCGAAACAGUAUCCCAAUUCUAGGCACUUCCUCACCUAUCAGCAUUCCUUGAGAAGUUAUACAUCAAUUAUUUACCUUAGGCUUCCAGCUCGCUUCAGGCUGACACUGCGUGGAAAAGAUGUUGCACACCACAGCUUAGUGAAGGACAUGAUGCUAAAGCAAGAGAUUACUUACAAGCCGCAGUCAGAAGGAAUUCCAAAAGAUGCCAAUAUGGUUGCUGUAGUCACCAUUGGGUUCGUGAAGGAUGCAAAGGAUCAUAUCGACAUUCAAGGAUUUAAUGUAUAUCACAAGAAUCGUCUGAUCAAACCAUUUUGGAGGGUCUGGAAUGCUGCUGGAAGUAAUGGACGUGGAGUCAUAGGUGUUCUGGAAGCUAACUUUGUUGAGCCAGCUCAUGAUAAGCAAGGUUUUGAACGCACAACUGUUCUUUCCAGGCUUGAGGCACGUCUUGUUCAGAUGCAGAAAACAUAUUGGUCAGCCAACUGCCAUAAGGUAGGAUAUGCUCCUAAGCAUAAAAAGAAAUCCACGAAAGUAUCUUCUUCAGAUAACUCAUCACCUGAGCCACCUUCAUCAAAGCAAAGGAAAAAGGCUCUUGCCUCUUUUGUCGGUAGAUCACAUGGUCAAUCGCAACUUCUUGGUUCUAGAAAAUCCAACUCCAAGUCAAAUGUUGAUCAGACCAAGAUCAGGCAUCUUUCUUACUUACCAUCAUCAGAGGCUUUAGAUAUUGAAAUACCAAGCCGACCCACACCAAAUGAACUGGGUAGUGGAAACUCACAAUCUUCACCGCCAGCUUCUCGAAACAAGGGAUCCCUUUGCAAGAAAUCUGCAUCUGCAUUUAUGGACAAGAAGUCCAAAAGGUUACCUGGUGCUCAUGAAGAUAGAGACCAUCCACAGUCUGUUGAUGAUGAUGAUUGCUGUGAGACAUCAUCUAGCCCUAUAGAGAGGCGGAAGGUCAAUCAUAUGCAUGCUUCUAGUCGAUCCAAAGAUAGCUCCCAUGAUGCUCAGAUGGAUAAAGGUGGUGAAAAUGGGAGAAAUGAUGGCUCUACUGAGGAGGGUGCUUGGAAGGCAGCUAAGCAGCAAUCUGCUCCUCUGCUGCAAAUUCACAGUGCAAAUCAUGAAAAUGGAAAAAGUCUUUCUAGUAGUAGAAGGGAGGGUGAAAAUCAUGUGGCGGAAGACAGGUUAAAAAAGUUGGAGGAAAAGCUGAUGCUAGUUUGUGAAGAAUUGCAGUCUGAAAAAGACAAGAACCAGUCACUGGGAGCCCAACUGGAAGAAUACAAAAGGAAGUUAGAGGCAGCAAGCAAAGAGCAGGAAUCCUUGAUUGACAUAUUUGCAGAGGAGCGGAAUCGCCGUGACAGAGAAGAGGAGACUCUAAGGAAGAAAUUGAAGGACGCUUACACCACCGUUCAAGAAUUGCUACAGAAACAACAACUUUGCGUAAAACCAGAGCGUUAGCUCUAUUUUUUGCCGCCUCAGACUUGAAGAUCUGUUGGAUUGCGAGGUGCCAUUUCUGAGUCAUUACAUCCUCCUCACACCAGCCAACUUUCUUCACAAGCUUUAAUUUACACAACGGGUGAAUACUAUACAAAAGAACAUUUGAAAGUGUUCUGUUCCCAAGAUUAUCACGUGAAGAUAGGUUAUCUUGGUCAUAUGUAAUCCUGUAUGUACAGUGCAAUUUUUGUACGAGAUCUCAUUGAAGAGUUGUACAUGGUCAGGUUGUGUAUCUAACCAGACUGUCGGUUUUAUUC